AUGGUCGCCGUCACUCGUCAGCACAAUGAACGGGUAUUUCCCCUCAACUUUACCCCUCAGGCCUCAGAGGCCGGUACGGUCGUGCCGCUCUCUCUCCUCGACGCGACCACGGCCAACUUUUCGGUUACCGGGGCCGUGUGGUUCCUGGAGAAAUUAGAAGUUGAGCGAGUGGAUCGUCAAGAAUUCAAUCGGCGUCUUCGAGAAGCCUUAGCGAUUACUCUGGGGUUUUACCCGCAAUGGGCCGGCCGCCUUGAGCUGGUUCCCCAUCGCCCGGGAGGUCAAUUCGGGAGACUGCAAAUAAUCUAUGAUCGCUCUCAGGACCCAGGAGUUGAGUUUGUCAUUGCAGAAAGUGCGGAGACCCUGGACACUCUCGUUCCCCUCGAUCGGUGUCAUGCGCCGUACAAGGACAUGCAUCAAGUCUCGCUCGACGACUUUACUCCGCCGACCGAGCUCGCUGCUCCUUUCUACGAUGGAAGCGACACGUUCAAGCCAGCCAUGGCAAUCCAACUGACGGAGCUCGGCUGCGGAGGAACAGUCCUUGCCGUCAAAAUGGCCCAUCCGCUGGGCGAUGCUCAUACUCUGGCAUACUUUGCGAACGAUUGGGCACGCGUCAGCAAAGCCCUCGCCACGAACUCGCCAGUGCCGACUCUAUCUCCACUCUUUGAUCCAACACGUCUCGAUCGUCUGGCCGCAGGUGAUCUUGACAAGCCGGAACUCGACCCGGAAAUCAUCAAAACCGCCAUGGACCUUCCUUUCCACCGGUACGAUUGGUGGGCCCCAGCUGACGGGUGUCCUUGGCCCAUCGAGCCACCCGAGCCGUUCAAAUCCCAGCCCCUCAAGCCCGCAGGCAAACCAAUGCCGUGGUCAGAGUGGGAUGUUGGUGCUCCGGUCUCGCAUUAUGUGAUUCAUUUCUCUCCGACUCAGGUCCAAAUCUUGUGGGAAGCUGCUUCCUCACAGGGCACAACUCAAAUCAGCCGUCACGAUGCACUUGUAGCGCACAUUUGGUCCUGCAUCAAUCGCGCUCGAAAUAUGGAUCGGGGGAUCAACGAGGGCCUUGUGCACUGCGACCUGGUGUAUGGUCUACGGGAGCGACUGCAUCUGGGCGCUAACUUCCUCGGCUCGCCAAUUGUUAUGCUUGACGUGUCGAUGGACGCUUCAAGUGCUCAGCAGACGGACAUAGCACCGUUGGCGUCAGCGAUUCGAUCGACUCUGACGCAAAUCACUCCUGAGGGACUCAGAGCCCAUCUUCAUUCGGUUGCAUACGAAGAUUCCCCCCAGCGUCUCUGGCAGGCAUUCCUUGGUGAGAGGCAUAUCUUGGUGACAUCAUGGGCCCAGACCCCAGUGUACUCCGUCGAUUUCGGGACUGGCUCGGUGCCUCGCUUUGUCGAAGCCAUAAUUCCCGACAUGGACGGCAAUGUACAGGUUAAACAAGGGCCCAGACCGGCUGUGGAUGCUGUGUCAGCCGAUUCUCAGUCCUGGUACAACAACGGGAUUGAUAUCUCAGUGCAUCUACGAUCGAGCGCAAUGGAGAAGCUAUUGAAGGAUGAGCAUCUAUUCCCUCGGAUUAUUUAA